GCCUGGCCCGGCGGAAAGUUUUCCUGGAGGAGUUUUGGCGGCGGCGGCGGUGGUGACCGGAGCGGGCCAUGGACGCGCUCAAGUCGGCGGGGCGCGCGCUGAUCCGGAGCCCCAGUCUGGCCAAGCAGAGCUGGGUGGGCGGCCGGCACCGCAAGUUGCCAGAGAACUGGACGGACACUCGGGAGACACUGCUGGAGGGCAUGGUUUUCAGCCUCAAGUACCUUGGCAUGACGCUGGUGGAGCGGCCCAAGGGCGAGGAGCUGUCUGCAGCUGCUGUCAAGAGGAUCGUGGCCACAGCCAAGGCGAGCGGGAAGAAACUGCAGAAGGUAACUCUCAAGGUGUCGCCCCGGGGGAUCAUCCUGACAGACAGCCUCACCAGCCAGCUCAUUGAGAAUGUGUCCAUUUACAGGAUCUCCUACUGCACCGCAGACAAGAUGCACGACAAGGUGUUCGCAUACAUCGCCCAGAGCCAGCACAGCGAGAGCCUGGAGUGCCACGCCUUCCUCUGCACCAAGCGGAAAGUGGCACAAGCCGUCACCCUCACUGUAGCCCAGGCCUUCAAAGUUGCCUUUGAGUUUUGGCAGGUGUCCAAGGAAGAGAAAGAGAAGAGGGAAAAAGCCAACCAAGAAGGAGGAGACGUCUCAGGGACCCGAUGUGACAGCGCCCCCUCAUUGAAAAGCUUGGUUGUCACGGGGAACCUGCUGGAUUUGGAAGAGGUGGCUAAGGCCCCGUUAUCCACGGUUACCACUAAUACCAACAACUUGGAUGAGACAGCGCGGCCUCAAGUCUUGGGCAGCAACAGUGUUGUCUGGGAGCUGGAUGAUGGCCUGGAUGAAGCAUUUUCAAGGCUGGCACAGUCACGGACGAACCCUCAGGUCCUGGACACUGGACUGUCAGCACAGGACAUCCACUACGCACAGUGCUUAUCGCCCACUGACUGGGACAAGCCCGACAGCAGCGGCAUCGAUCAAGAUGACCUCUUCACCUUCUGAGGGCCUAGGACUGGCAGGACACAGCUGGCCUUGACAUGUGAUGGACCAGAAGCCACCUGCAGCAGGCAGCCAUCUCCAGGAGCCGUCAGCCACUCUGCAGAGCUUGCAGAGGAGAGCUGCAGUCAGGCAGGGAGAGACGGUGGAAAGAGCCUGGAAUUCCCAGGUUUGCAUCAGGCACUCGUGGUGUGUGCAGGCCAGGGCCUGGCCUCCUGGCCUGUGACCAAAGCAUUCCAUGAUCCUUUUCUCGGGGCACUCACUCCUCAGGCAGUGAGAGCCUACUGUUCCUUGUGCACUGGAGGGGACAUGGCCUUCAGGGAAGCUUCUUCGGGGCUCUGAGAGGCAACCCCUGACCAAAGACACAUAGCUCUGCACUUUAACUCUCACAGGUGGACAUGGUUUGAGGUCGUCGAUGGUGCUGUGGGAGAAGCGCUCGCCUCCUGCCUCCCUCCACAAGAGGGCACAGUCCCUGAGGUGGUCUGUAUAGUGCUAGGACCUAGUGUACCGGCUGCCCAGACUCCCAGAGUCUCAUGGUAACCUGGGGAACAUCUCUGCGUGGCUCUCAGGGCGUCCCCAACAGGCGAAGCUGGGCCUGUUCUUCUGUUUUGUCUGUGUGUCCUGUGUGUGUCCCCAUCUUCUGCCUCCUCAUAACCGUGGAAUGAUACCAAAGCCUAACACUAGGUUGUGGCAGAAUAUUUCUCAUCCAUUUUACAGAUAAGGAAACUGAGGCAACACAUGUGGUGGGGUUGGAGUUGAGAAUAGAACCCAGGUCUGACACCAAAGCUUCUGUCUGUGCUGCCGGCCUCUCACAGCCCACGCCUCCUUUCUCUCUAGUUUUGUUGUCCUCCCAGGAACCAAAAAGCCCCAGCUAUUUUCUGACCAAAAUGUGUUUCAUAACAAACCAUCUGGUGCCUUUCCACACAGCACUGGCGCAGGCCUCCUUGCCCUGCUAGCUGCCACGCUGCUGACUUCCGGGAAGAUGUGUUUUGAAGUGUGUCAAUUCCAUGGGUUAAAUGGAAUCCUCCAGAAGCAUCUCGUUGUCCUUUCCUGAUGCUGCAGCCCCAGUGGUCUCUGCACCCAGCUGGUGGUCGAGCAGUCCAGUGGUGAGCUGUCCAUAGUCUCACUGCUCCCAUGGCUCUGGCAUCCUGAACCUCAGCCAAGCCACAAGCAUCUUUGCAUGGCUAGGAGCCCCCAGUGGCUGGGCUUGUGAGAGCAGGAGAAACACACCAACCAGCAUGACUUAGACUUACUGAGUGGCUGAGUCAGACCCUUGCCUUGGGGAAGGGACUUGGGGAACCCUCCUUAGAAUCAGGGUAGCUCCCUUUCCCCAGCCAGCUCCAGGGUCCUGAGCAUGAGGGGCUGCCAUGGUGUGGGUGGUGCUGCGGUCUUGAAAAGCUGUCCACUGCUGCAAGGCUGUCUGAGGAAGAACAGUUAAAUGUUUCCUUUUUAAAAAGAGUAAAAGCACCACUCGGUAUUGCUGGUGACAAGGGGCAGUGUCGUAGCUCCUGCCCUUUGGUGAUAUGAGAGGCAGUUGUCGAGAGCCUGGGGGAGGCCACAGCCCUUGCAGCACCAGAGUGGAGGGUGAUGGCAGGAUCCCCGUUGAUGAGCCAGUGGGCUCCUUUCUUUGUGGCUGUCACCGUGUGACAGGGUACUGAUGAGUGACAGGGUCUAUGUGUUGACACUGACAGUGUUUCUAGCCAGACUCUGAGCCCCUGAGACAUGAGUGUGUGAGGUGUGGGUGUGCCCGUGUGCACCCUUCCCGGGACAGUAUCGGUCCCACAACUCCCAUGACUCAGACUUGCAGACUUAUCUGUUACUCCUGUUCAGGUCCUGAGCUCGGUGCCUUGGAUGAGCCUGACACAUGUGGAUUCAGCUUGUGUGGUUUUGUGUGAUGGGGACAGAGGUGGAGGAUAGGGGUUCAGUGAUUUUUAGAAACCCAAAGUCCAGCUAUGGCCCUGCGUUAGUUACUUGCUUGCUUGAGCCUUGGUUUUCCUGUUUGUAAGCAGGGUACAGCAAUCUCCCAUGUCUGUGUCCCAGGAUUUUGAGACUGUUGUCCACUAUGACGUUAUUGGUAGCUCAUGCCUCCGAUAGCUCACAGGUUAUCUCUGAGCAAGAGGUCAUUUGGAUCGAAUGUGUAAAGUCCCAGUGGACUCGGACAGAGUACUUCCUGUGUGCCGGCUGUCAUGACAAAAGUCAUGGAGAGCCCAGAUGUCUUCAAUUCCUACUGCUGAGGGCUCCGAGCUUAGCUAGAAAGGUGGCCCUGUCUUGGGCACCUGGUGAGGCCACAGCCCCUUCGCAUAUCCCUGACCCUCAUCCUGUCAUGUAGGGAUUUCCCAAGAGCUGGCUAUGAUCCAAGUGCUCAACACUCCUGCCCAGUUUCAGUGACCAUUCCAGCAAGGCUGCAUUCCUCAAGUUCCUUGGCCUUGUGUCUGGGGACUCCCCAGCCACUGCUCCUUCCUGUAGCUUGUGGGGGUCUCAGGCAUUUAUGCAAUAGUCCUAUUUCGUGUCCAGGGGCAGCCUUCUGAUGCCAGCCAACGAGCAGACUCCCUGCGAGGCCCAAGUGGAUCAGAGCAGACUAAAGAAUUCUUUCUUAUUUGCCCCAUAAUUUGAAAAGACACUCAACAAGCUCAUCUUUCGGUUUAAAUUUGGCCAACGCCUUUAGUCUCCGGAUGUCUCAAAUUACAGAUCCCGAGCCCAGCUGCCUGCUCUUUCAUGCAUAACAGAUAAAAUGAAAGAACAAAGCCACCUUUCAAAUUUGACAUGACCUUCAGCUCCUCUGGGUAGACGUUGGGUUGGCUCUCCAGAAGCCAUCACAGUUAAACCUCACGAGGGCUUUUUCAGCGUCUGUGCCUGGGACACAGGAUUGAGCCUGGCCUUGCUCCAUCUUCCCCUGUGCAGCGGUCAGGGUCCUUGUGCCCAACCUCAGCAUUAUCAGUCUGCCUUGGCACAGUAGGAGGGGGGUAGGUGGUCUUAGAAGUAAAAAACAAAAAAACAAAAAACGGAAACUUUCAUUUAUUCUUUGACAGUUUCAUACACGUAAGCAUCAUCUUGGUCCUGUGUACCUUGCUCCCUCUGCUCCCCCCCCCCCCCAACUCCAGCAUCUUCUUUUCCUCUUUAAUGCUUUGUAACCUGAGUCCAGUUAUCCUGCCCGGUGAAGCGCUUGCUGGCCUCGUUGGCUUGCUCUAGUGCAGGUAACCACAGCUGCAGAGAGUUCUGGAAUGUGUUGUCCAUGUCCUGUAAAGGACAGCAUUUCACAGCUCUCCCCUCCCCCACAGUGCCUAAAGGUCUGUGUGCUCCCUUCCCCGCAGUGUGCCCCUUGGGGAGGGUGUGAGAACAGUCUAUGUCAACCCUUCUGUAAUCCGCCCUGUUUAGGACUGAGCACCCACCAGGCCCCGUCUCAGCUUUGACCCAUUGAGUCUCUUUAUUAACUCCUGGCCACUGUCGAGAAGCCACCUAGCCAGGGUUAAGGACAACCCUGACCUAUAGGUAUAAACAUAGGUGGUAUAGGACAUGUUGCUGUGUCCUUCAGCAAAGUGAUAGUAGUAGGUUCCCCCCCGGGCCUGUCACUGCCAUAACCAUGGGCUUUUGGCCAGGUUUGUGGUACCAGCCUGAAUCCCUUCCUGUUGAGCAGGUCUAAAUCCCCAAGUGGUUGGUUAUCCCCAUAACCUCAUGCCGCUACUGCACCAGUGGACACACUGCAUGGUAGGCCGGUGUUGUGGCAUGCAGGGCUGAGUGCUGGGUUUCCUUCUCCCCGUGACUUGCAUGGCUCCUUCCUGUACUGAGAGCUAGUCAACAAGGAGGGAGCUUUUGGAAAGUUCAAUUUGAUUUCUGUGUUAUAUAGCCAAAGUGUGUCUUAUGCAGUGGAAUCUCUGGGGCCUGUCUGACCAGUGAACUGUAGGGAGGUAUCCCAUGUAGUCUCGCUUCUUAGGUCGGGUACAGGAAAGAUGCAAGCUGAUUUGAGGCUCACAUUCAGGAAGAGGCUAAGUCAGGGAUUUGAACCCCAGGCUGUCUGAACCCAACACUUGUGCUGCAGCACCAGCAGUGGGCCUGACCGCACGGGCAGUAUUGGCAGGUGCCAGCCACAUAGAUCUAUCGGCUGGAGUCUCUUGACUUUCUAGCUGGUUGGCCCUCAUGCUGCUGCUCUGGACAUGCCCAACUCGGGAUUCUGCAGAUAGGCCCCAUCUUUUCCCCGGUGACAUCGUCCACUCUGCCAGCUUGAGAGUACUUACCACAGGAGGGUCACUGAGUCCGAGAGGGCUGGAAGGAAGGAACCCUUGACAGUGUUCGUGGUUUGAGCCACUGUAGUGACUAAGUGGUGCCUAUGUGAGGUGAAGGCACUGAGGCCCAUAGAGAUUCUACAGGCCUGAGACCCAGAUCCUCUGUUCACUGUCCUGGAGUAACCCCGUAUCUGCAGGUCACUGGAACGCUCUGAGAACAUGGCCUUGCUUGCUGGGAGCUCCUGAGGCCAGCUCAGAAGAACAGCCUUGACCAAAUGCCAGCACAGCAUUGCUGGGGCAGCUGGGAGCUCCCAGCCAGGACAGGUGUGGGCUGGGACACAAGGUCAUGCUGCUGGGCAACUGUGUCUGCACGUGUCUGCUGGUCACCAGCUUGGCCUUGUCUCUGGGUGACGAAAGGCCUCUGCUCUUGAUCCUUCAUAGUCCAAGGGGUAUGGUUCCCAGCAGUCCUGGGUCAUGCUGGCCUACACGAGUGAGACAUUGGAGAAUUGAGGGGUGUUGCAGGGAAUGCCAGAUGGGCUGCUGAGUGAAGGGAGUGUCCUGGACCUCAGAAGGAGUAGGAAGGUUGGGAUACCUUCGAUGGCUUGGUAGCUUUGAUGUUCAGGCUGUGUCUGAGUCACUCCAUGGCCAGGUGCCCAGGCACUAUCUGGCUCCAUGUGGCUGUGGCUGAACCAUGGCAGAAGGGGGUGGACCCAGUCUAAGUUUCUGAGAAACUGGGCAGCCCCAGGUCAGGGGCAGUCCAGCGGUUUGUUGGUCACCAAGGUUCUGGUCCCACGGACGCCCCUGCAGGCCCUGGUUGAGGGUGCCCUUUGUCUUCAUUGCUCCCAGCCAGCAGCCCUGCAACCCUCCCUGGGCCACGUUGCUGAAACUGGGGUCUAACGCUAUAUCCUGACCAAAGAUCUUGCUUUCCAAAGUGUUUUCAAAUAAAGGUUCUAGAAUCUGA